GCUUUGAAAUACAAAACAUUCAGAAAAAAAAAAAAGAAAAAAAAUCUCAAAUUAUUCAUUCAAAAUUCCAAACGUACCGACUCACCGAGUUGUUCUCUUAACUCGGUGGCCGUAAAAGAAAGAAAAAAACAAUGGAGAAAUCCACACCUGCACGGAAUUCGAGAACAUGCACGGCGAAUCUGCUGAGUUGGUCGUCGGAGGUUCCGCCGCCGCCGUCGUCAUCCGCCUCUCGUUCUCUUCAUCCUACUAAUGGAAUGGGUAAGGUGUUGUUUGGAGGGGAUGUUACUGACGAGGAAGCUGAAAGCUUUUACAAAAGGAGACCUUCUUCAGGGUAUAAACUGAAGGAGACGAAUGGCAGCAAUAUAUUCUCUGCUGGUGGUGAGGAUGUUGCAUCAGAAUCUGGACCUGUUAACGGUAAUGCUAACAUCAGGACAUCUGUGCGGAUCGUUCAGCAAGGUGCAAAUGGGAAAAGCCAGAUUUCAUUUGGUACUGAAGAAAAGAUCUCACAGAAGACGCCUGUCACUCUAACAGAAGUGGAAAAGCAGGACGAGCUGAGUGGAGACCAAGAAAGCAAGAUAGAUAGGCUUUCAUUCAGUACUGAAGAAAAUAUCUCCCAGAAGACGCCUAUCAUUCUAACAGAAGUGGCAAAGCAACAUGAGCUGCGUGGAAACCAAGAAAGCAAGAUAGAUAGCAAGGUGAAGAAGCAGUUAUCGGUUGCAAAGAGCAAGGAACUUAGUGGAAGUAACAUCUUUGGACCUCCUAUAGAAGUUCCUCCAAGAUCAUUGACUGUUGCACGGUCAUUGGAGCCCGAAGAAAGCAAAGACAUGGGUGAACCUGCUCCACGUACUGUGCGCACAUCUGUCAAGGUUUCUAAUCCUGCUGGUAGUCAAAGUAGUAUCUUGUUUGGCGGCGAACCUGUUGUGAAUCCAGUAAAGAAAAUACAUAACCAGAAGGUUUCAGAGUUGAACGGCAAUGGCAUUUUCAAGGGAUACGAUGCCACUCCUGCUGGAUCUUCAGAAAAGUCACUGAGCAGGUCUAAGCUGAGAGAAAUGAGUGGUAGCGGUAUAUUCUCCGAUGGUAAAGCUGAAUCCAGAGUUUGCUAUGGUGGCGUACGCAAACCACCAGGUGGAGAGAGCACCAUCAGAUUAUUUUAAGUAAUUGAGCACAUCAAACUGCGCGAUACUUAUGUUAACCUGUAAAUGCAAACACUUCAGCUGUUUCUGUCUAGUGAGGCCUUCUCCUACUCAAUGUGAUUUAGGAAUGCGGAUUGUAAAUAGUGUGUCAAAAUCAUGUCAUAUUAAACAAUAUUUACAACCCUCAUUUGAUUCAAAAUACAGGACUAUUAUCCUACCGGAGUACUACUUUUCUGGACAGUGUUCAUUAUAGUUGCUUGACUAGUAUUAUCAGAGGUGGACCCACCUGGAAGGAUAGGUGCACG